AUGGCCGAGGAAAAGCCCAAGGAAGGAGUCAAGACUGAGAACAACGAUCAUAUUAAUUUGAAGGUGGCGGGGCAAGAUGGUUCUGUGGUGCAGUUUAAGAUUAAGAGGCAUACACCACUUAGUAAACUAAUGAAAGUCUGUUGUGAACCACAGAUGAGGCAGAUCAGAUUCCGAUUUGAUGGGCAGCCAAUCAAUGAAACAGACACACCCACACAGUUGGAAAUGGAGGAUGAAGAUACAAUGGAUGUGUUCCAGCAGCAGACAGGAGGUCUCUACUAA